CAGUGAAAGGAGUGUGAGGCAAAGAACUUCACUUAUUUAUUUAAAAAAAAUGUUAAGUGCUAGUUUAUUUUUAAGCUGUGUUGUGCUUACUCAAGCUUUUUUCUUAUUUGGAGACGACGAGCCAUUAUUAUUCUGCAUAAAAAUCUGCCCUUUGUAUUGUUCGCCGAGGAGACGACGUGAUGUUGACUCAUCAUCCCUCAUUCACCGACGACGACGAUUUAUAGAGCAUUCACCGUACAUUCCGUACAACGAGGGCUAUGAAGACCACGGACACCACGAAGGACACGAAUAUCGCGAAGGCUAUGAAGACCACGUACACUACGAUGGACACGAAUACCACGACGGCCAUGAAUACCACGAAGGCCACGAGUACCUUGCCGACUACGAAGUCGUACCAUACCACUUUGACCCGUACUACUUCUGCAAGCCUCAUAAAUUUACCACUACCACACCAGCCCCAACAACAAUGAAAACCACUACUACUGAAGGGCCCACAGGAAUAUGCAUGAUAUGCAUGAGGAAAUGCACUAAGUAUCCAAAAGCGAAGAAAAGCUAAAC